ACCUAGUGAAGCUGGUCUGGGACGGCAGCCUGAUAACUCCCCUCCCCGCCUUUCCUGAGCCCCCUCCUCCACUUUCCCGCCACUUCGAGUUUCGGCGCGUCAGAGAAAAGCGGGAGCCCACAAGGGAGUCAGCCGAUAUUUUCUAGAACAAAACACCAUGGACAAGUAUGAAAUAAUUAAAAAGAUUGGGGAAGGCGCUUUUGGCAAAGUAUUCUUGGCUAGAGGAAAAGAGGAUAACCAACAGUGUGUUAUCAAAGAGAUCAAUUUAGUGAAGAUGCCGAGGAAACAAAAAGAAUCCUCUAAGGAAGAAGUUGCUCUCCUGGCCAAGAUGAAGCAUCCCAAUAUAGUAGCCUUCUACUCUUCACUUCAAGAGAAAGAUAAGCUAUAUAUUAUCAUGGAGUACUGCAGUGGAGGUGAUCUAAUGAAGAAGAUAAAGCAACAGCGUGGCAUAUUGUUUGAAGAAGACAAGAUCCUGGAUUGGUUUGUACAGAUAUCUUUAGGACUAAAGCAUAUACAUGACAGGAAGAUUUUACAUAGAGAUGUAAAAGCACAGAAUAUUUUUCUCAGCAAUAAUGGAAUGAUAGCAAAACUUGGAGACUUUGGGAUUGCAAGAACAUUAAGCGAUACUAUGGAAUUUGCUUGUACCUGUGUAGGAACACCAUACUACCUGUCUCCUGAAAUCUGUGAGAACUGCCCAUAUAACAAUAAAACAGAUAUAUGGUCUCUUGGAUGUGUCUUAUAUGAGCUCUGUACUUUAAAACAUCCUUUCGAAGGCACAAGUUUACACCAGCUCAUGCUGAGGAUCUGCAGAGGCCAUUUUGUGCCGGUGUCUACAAAGUACUCAUAUGACUUAAGAAUUUUAAUAUCCCAGUUGUUUAAAACAGCUCCAAGAAAUCGCCCCUCUAUCAACUCCAUAUUGAAAAAGCCCUUCUUGGAGAAGCGAAUAAAGAAACAUUUAUCUCCAAAGGUAAUGGAAGAAGAGUUCAGCCACACUGUUAUUCACAGUAAAAGACCUCUAGCUUCAUUGUCAUCUGCUCCUAAAGUUCAGAAAUUAAAAAUCCAUGAUCAUCAUCCUCCAAGACCCAAGAUGGAGGUGCAGGCUGGAAAACAAAAAAUAUUAUGUAAAAAUGAACGCAAAUCUCCUUCAAGACUCCAGGAUCCCAUUAUCCAGCACAGGAACCCCAAGUUUAAGUUGUACGGGAAGCCAGAAGUUGUCAAAAUGUGUCGGCCCUAUAACCAUUAUUAUGAAAAACUUGACAAGCUGCGAGAGAGGGCCUUUGGGGAAGACGACUGUCCUCCUAUUAGCCAAAGAAUGGAAGAUUAUUUUAUGGAGAAAGGACAAGAACCACCACCACCACCAUCUCAUUGGCCUGCAGAUUACCUUCAAAGACGAUUCAAUGCCCAGCAAUACAAGAUAAAAGUAGAGAAGCAGCUUGGGCUGCGACCAUCAUCUGCUGAUCCCCGCUAUCAUGAGAUGCAAAAUCAGGAAAUAAAGGAAGAGAAACUUAAAGUCUGGCAAAAACCUAAUUCUAAAAAAAAUGAAAUGAAAGAACAGGAAUACCUAGAAGAGCUGCAGAAAAUUCGUCAACAGUACCAAAGUGAAAUCAAUGAAAUUAAACUUAGAGCAGAAACACUAGAGGAGAACCCAGAUGUGAGUGGGAAAACCUAUCUCGUGAAACAAAAGAAGACCGAGGACCAGCCAGCUCACAACAGUGACGUCCCUGAAGGAAAAUGUGAUCCUGUUCAGGCUAUUGAACAAAACUUGAAAAAACCUGGACUGCGUAAUUGGCAAGACAGAAAUGUUGCAGCAGUAAAACACAAAGCGAAGGGAGGUAUAAAGUUUCAGAUUGAUUUAGAAGAUGGUGUUCCACAGGUGAAUAAUUCCCAAGGCAAUAAAGAGGAACAGGAUAAGCUUAAUGAGACCUUGACUUUUGAGGCUGGAAAAAAUCUUAAAGAAAAAUUGACAAAUAUCUGUAAUAAUUAUACUGACCAAGCUUUGGCAGAAUUAUGCUGUUUGGAAACAGAUUCUGAGAAUGAAGAUGAUUCUAUAUCUAACAGGAAGCACUGGCAGGACGCAGUUCCACAGACACUCCUGAACCUCUUAGGAAAAGCAGAUGUCACCACUGAGUCCCUACCCAUGGAUAAAGCGGACCCAGUGAUCAUUAUGCCUUUAGACUUCUCUGAAAAAAGGAAAAAAUGGAGCCAAGAAUCCCCUGGGACACUACUGAACAUGUUAGCAGAAGCAGAGUGCUCCAGUGUCUCUCUGAACCAAGCUGAAGAACCCAAGGAGGCAGUAACCCCACCAGUGCCCAGAACUGAUGACACCGAACCAGAAUCAGGUUCUGCUGUUGAAGUGGAUGAAGACAGACUUGUGCCAAGGUCUGAUGAUGAUGACACUAAUUUUGAAGAAUCUGAAGAUGAAUUGAGGAAUGAGCUGAUAGAAUCCCUGGAGAAAGUAAUAUCAUCACUGGAAGAAGGUUUAAAAGGUCCAGUGGAGUCAGUGGACCAAGAUCAACAGGAACAAGACAGAUUAACCAAGAAAACACCGGAUGGAGGUUUGGAAGAAAAUGGUGACCUGACUGGAAACAAACGGGAAACUCCAGUCAGUUAACGUAAUCUUGCACAAUAGCUUCUAAAGACUUAUAGCAACAAGAGUUUGCUUUACAAAACUAGUGCCCAUUUGUAGGAUCAACAGCCAUCACUCUGUAGUGAACCAAGUAUCAGGUUCUCAGUACUAGAAAUGAGAUGUUCCACUGCACCUUACAUUAAUGAACUUGACAAAACAUACAACUGCCCUCCCUGUCUUUGAAGUUACUACUUCUUUGCAUUAACUCCAUGCUGGUUUUUUAUGCUGAAACAUUUAAGUUGCCAGUUUCUCUAGUUUAUCAAGUAUUCCAUAUUAUUUUCCAAAACUAGAAGUUGAUCAUUCCAUCCAAUUAUGAUAUUGCCACUUUCUGGUGACCGGAUUUUUGGCUGGGCUGAUGUAUGUUAUGUCCAGCAGAAUACAAUCUUCAUGUAAUGACUGGUGAAAUUGAUUACCUAUUUCAAUGAUAGUUUUUCAGUAUGAUACUUCAGGAAGGUGGUGUCAAUUUAACAGUAAGAAUAAUUUCCAGUCAAAAGUAGAUGGGGGACUUAAUACUAUAAAAGUUAAUUGAAAAAUCUAACUAACUUUUAGCUAUACAGUCAAACAAGUUGAGCUACCCCCUUGAAAAACAACUGCAGUCUUAAGAUGUCCUGACAC